UUUGAAAGCUGUUUACUUUUGUACUUGUGUCAUAUGCUAGUCUUAUUAGUUAAGGUUUGAAUGAACUGGGUAUUAAGGUGGAAUGAGUUUUCAUGUUUUGAAAUAGUCGACGUGUUCUUAAACAGGUAUUCUAUCUUGGAACAUGGUUAUUAAUUCACGAAAGAAUUCCAUAAAACAAAUGUGUAAUGAAGAAUUUUCUUUGAUACUUUUUUAAUGCAGAAAUGAAAAUCAGAUGAUAUUUUAAAAGUAAUAAGGUGUGAUUUAAGAAAAUAAUUGAAUGAGAUUUUAGUAUCAAGUUCCUAUUAUAUUGUACACUUAAAAGGACUGAGAACUUCACUGACAACAAAAAUCCACCUUGUUUACACGUUUGCAGUACUCAUCAAAAGCACGGCCUCCUGGAGGGAAAGCAAUCGGAUAUUAUCAUAACAAAUUUCUGUAAUCGACCUCCACUUUAAUUGGAUCCGCCGCAUGCAUGUUCGUCAAAGAAAGUUUUUUUUAAAGAUUCACUGCAGUUUCAAUUUUGUCAAUUAAAUAAACUACUAAAUAGAGCUGAUGUACCAAACUAAGCAGAAAACUGCUGGAGAAAUCUGAAAGGGCAGACUGCGACGAUCCCGGAAGCUGCUUCUGGACAUGCAGUUGGUAAAUUGAUAAUUACGUUGAAGGAACAUGCUGUGAGGUAUAUUUUCCAAGCAGAAAACUAUUAGGGAUAUGUGAAAGUGCAGAGUGCGACGAUCCCGGACAUAAAAUUGAUAAUUACGUUGAAGGAACAUGCUGUGAGGUAUAUUUUCCAAGCAGAGAACUACUAGGGAUAUGUGAAAGUGCAGGGUGCGACGAUCCCAGACAUAAAAUUGAUAAUUACGUUGAAGGAACAUGCUGUAAGGUAUAUUUUCCAAGCAGAAAACUACUAGGGAUAUGUGAAAGUACAGAGUGCGACGAUCCCGGAAGCUGUUUGUGGAUAUGCAAUUGAUGAAUUAAGUUAAAGAAACAUGCUGUGAGGUAUAUUUUCCUGUAAACUUACAAUUUUGCGAAAAAUUAUUUUCUUGUUAGCUUGUUUGCGAACGUGUUCUCCAGUGUCUUACAACUGAAUGCAUGAACAGGAGAAAUUCCGUAUUGUGGAAAGAAUAUGUUCUUCUGAAGGUUUUUCAAGGAAAUUUACUACUGCAAUUUCACUUAAAAAACACUCGAAAAUUUAUAUUGGCUUAAAAUAAUGCUACCGUCACGUUUGCUGUAAGAAAUUUUUCGAUCCCGAAACCCUGAAAAAGCAGUUGAGUAUAGUCACCAAUGAAAAUCGUCCUCCAAUGAAACUAGUUCUUUGGAAUUUUUCCGUCCACAAUCCUAACACAGCACUUGAGAGCCAAACGAAAACUUUAUUAUUGUAGUAUUUGUUCGAAAAAUUAUCUGAAACACACACACACACACAAAAAAAAAAAAAAAAAAAAAAUCCGAAUUCAUACUUAAAAGAAACCAUUUAUUCUAAGCAUUUUUCUAAAACAUCUAAAUAAUAAUAAAACUUGAAAAUGCAAUUUCCCGAGGAACUCAAUCACUCAGCAACUGUAAAGCCGCUCUCAAUAAACCCUACUGACGAAAAAUCACAUUCUUGUACAUUUUGUUUGGAAGAAUUUUCCGAUUUAUCAACUCUAAAAGAGCACGUGAAAGUACAUUCAGGUGAAAAACCAAAUUCCUGUAAAAUAUGUUCUAAGGAAUUUUCUUGCCUAUACAAAUUGAAACUGCAUUCCAGAGCUCAUACUGGAGAAAAACCGUACUCUUGUGAAGUUUGUUCUAAGAAAUUUUCUCAAGCAGGAAAUCUAAAAACACACUUGAGUACCCAUACUGGAGAAAAACUAUACUCUUGUGAAGUUUGUCUUAAGAAAUUUUCUCGUGCAGGAUAUCUAAAAGCGCACUCGGUAAUCCAUUCUGGCGAAAAGAAAUACUCCUGUGAAGUUUGUACUAUGGAAUUUUCUCGAUUAGGUGGUCUAAAAAGGCACUUUAGGAUCCAUUCUGGCGAAAAGCCACACUCCUGUGGGGAGUGUGGUAAGAAAUUUUCUCGACUAGGACAGCUGAAAGAGCAUUUGAAAAUCCAUACCGGAGAAAAACCAUACGCUUGUGAAGUUUGUUCUAGGAAAUUUUCUCGUGAAAUUUGUCUAAAAAAGCACUUCAGAAUUCAUACUGGAGAAAAACCAUAUUCUUGUGAAGUUUGUUCUAGAAAAUUUUCUCUUCUUUCGACUAAAAAUAAACACUUAAGAAUCCAUACUGGAGAAAAGCCGCAUUCCUGUGAAGUUUGUUCUAAGAAAUUUUCUGAGCGAGCAAACUUAAUUAAACACUUCAGAGUACAUUCUGGUGAAAAACCUCAUUCCUGUGAAGUUUGUAGUAAGAAAUUUUCUUGCAUAUCGCGCAUGAAAGAACAUUUAAGAAUUCAUACUGGAGAAAAACCAUAUGCUUGUGAAGUUUGUUCUAGGAAGUUUUCUCGCCAAUCAAUGCUAAAAAUGCACUUGAAAGAUCAUUCUUCUGAAAAACCAUACUCAUGUGAAGUUUGUACUAUGGAAUUUUCUAGACCAGGAGAUCUAACUAAGCAUUCGAGAAUCCAUACUAGAGAAAAAGCAUAUUCGUGUGAAGUUUGCUCUAAAAAAUUUUCUCGACUUGCUAAGAAAAAGGAACAUUUAAGAAUGCACACUGGAGAAAAACCGCAUUCCUGUGCAGUUUGUUCAAAGAAAUUUUAUCAGUUGGGAAACCUGACUAGCCACUUGAGAAUCCAUUCUGGCGAAAAGACACAUUGCUGUCAAAUUUGUUUGAAGAAGUUUUAUCUCCCAGUACAUUUGAAAACACAUUUGAGAAUCCACACUGGAGAAAAACCUUUCUCCUGUGAAGCAAACUGUGGAAGCACUGGAGAAGCCAUGCUGAAAGAAAACCCUAUAUCUGUGAAGUUUGCCAUGACAAAUUUUGUCAACAAGGACAUCUAA